AUGUUAAUCUUAAUAGCAUUGUUUGGAUUGAUUUCUGUAGUUAGUGCUUUUACUAGAUUAACAUAUACUUCCGAAUUUUUAAAGAUUGCACAUAAAACAAUAAAAGUUUUAAUUUCAUUAUUAAAUACUAACAAAGAUUUCACACUCAUCCAUUUAAAAUUAUUUAAUUCGCUUAAGUUAAAUACAGUCACUAUCCAAUAUGCACAAGUUCUUGAAAGGUUUUCAGUAAACCAAAUCGAAACGGGAAUUAAUAUUUUCGAUACAACAUUCAUGAGCUGCCAAGCGUCAAAUGAUCCAAAUAACGCAAAUGGCGGUGGAAUAUAUGUAAAUAGCUUACACAUUCCCUAUUCUACGUUAACGAUGCGCCACGUUUGUUUCCACAACUGCCAUGCAGCAGGAAGUGGUGGUUGCACAUAUGUACUCGUAAAUAUACUUCUACAAUCUUACGUUUUAGCAAAAAAUUCAUACGCACUUUCAAACCAAGCAUUCUCUUUAUAUUCUACAUUCGGAAGUAUCAAUUAUACGACAGCCUGCGAAUGUGGCAUACAACCAUCAAAAUACGAAGUCCAGAAUACUGUUGGAAUUGGAGGAGGGUUCUCCAGCUUCAAUCUCAACAACAUAUCAAAUAAUAAAUUCGAUGGCCCAUCAUGUAUCAUCAAUAUUUACUGCCAGGAUGGCUUUAACGCAUCAGAAUGCAUUUUUUCAAAAAACGAAGGAAUCAGCGGAAUUUCGUGUGAUAACAUUAAUCGGAAGAUCUUUAUCUUUGACUCAUAUAUUUACCAAAACCACUUCCAAAACGGCACAACUAUUUGCUCAAAAUGUCCAACAAUCUUUGAUAGGUGCUGGAUUGAAGUUUACGAAGAUGAAAUUGUCGAUCAUAAUACAGAAGAACUUGUUAUGUUUCUUAGUUGCAUCUUCAAUGCUAAAGAAGAAGAAGUCGGAAAAUUCAUCAAAAGUUCACAAUUAAUUAACUGCAAAUUCAAUUCACAUAAUCUCCCAGUUAUCUUUUAUAUCCCAAGAAAGUGUUGGGAUAGAAUUGAUGAUGCAAAACCAGCUCAAAAAGUCAAUAAAAUCAAACUUCGCCAUUAUUUGCUAUCAUUCUUUGCAUUUGUCACUGGUGCAUGCAUCGUAUCUAUUGUCCAAUUUAUUUUGGUCAAUAAACGUGCUAAAGAAAGACGAAUUCGCGUUUUUCGUCAAGUUGUUUAA